AUGUCGACCAGUCAGAUGGCUUGUUUAAUCGAGCCUGACAAGAGGAUCACUGGCAUCCAGCCACCGAACGCAAAUACAUUCCAUAAUUAUGGACACAGAAGUAUUCUCGAAACCCCAGACAACUCCGAAACUUCCACUGGCUCUGGAGGACGCCUAGUGGCAUCUUUUCCACAAACUAUCGUUGAGACUGCCGUUUUAGAAGUCAUUGUUAGUUUUGUGACGAGGUUCGAAACUCACGCUGUCGAACCCCAGAGGAGGGCUAAGUUAAAUAUAAAAGUCUUCGAAGAAAUCACCUUAGUAAGUAGCAUUGCUUUUAACGACGAAUAUGCCCCUACAGUUGAGCUUGCCAAGUUUACAGAAUACGCGUCAGACCUGAGGAGGUUAUUUUAUCGUUCUAACCCGCAUACAUAUCUAACAUACUUGGAAGAAGUCGCAGAGGCAGACCUUAAGAAAUUGACGGCACCAGCCAUACUUAAAUCAAACCCAUUUUUCAUAAUGCGACACAAUGAACAAGCCAAAGAU